AUGGUGGCCAACUCACUACGGGCACAGCUGCUACAAGACAUCGAGACGUCGCCCAAGCUCUACCUUAUGAAGAGUAGGCCAGAGCCACAGCGCAACGGGCCCCCGAAGACGAGCCUUAUGAAAUUCCGCCACUAUCUCCACCUCCGCGAUAAGGAAGAGCGCAAAGCGUUUGUCCGGGUUCUCGCAAGCGAGCACCCAUUCGCGCUCGAGAAGCUCCGCCACGGCCACACGCGAAACUACAAGAUUUACAGUGUCGUGCCCCGCGACCGUCGCCUCUGCCGCCUAUGCGCUGAUGCAAUAGAGUCGCCGGAACACGCGCUCUUGCUCUGCACUGGCGACGACAGGCUACGCGACAUGCGGGCAAUUUUCCUCGCGCAAGCGGCGGCCCGUCAGCCGGGUCUCCCGGACACGCGUGACGCCGCGCGCGCGACGGAGACACUGCAAUCCUUGCUCUCCCUACCCAAUAUCGCUGGGGAACUGGCUAGGUACAUAUUGUUCGUCUUCGACCUGUUCGAUAGCGUUGCCCUGGUCUGGCCACCAGAUCUGAUCACAAGGAUACCCAGAACCGCGACUGCUGGACAGGAUCGCGGUCGCGGGCGUGGUCGCGGUAGACGUCUCGUAGCAAAUACCUGA